AUGCUGGAUGUGUUGAUCAUAGGAGGCGGUCCUCACGCCCUGACCCUGGCUAGCCUGCUGUCCAGGCCUGACCCCGACCCAAACUCAGACCCUAGUCAGGACUCACCCGUCUCACCCGUCUCCCUUUUUAACCCAACGAGUUCUCAGCCAAACCCAGAAACAACCGGCAACAAACGCUGGAGCGGGAAGAAGAAAAAGAGGGUCACAGCUGGUCAGAUGCUGGAGGAGAAAUUGGCAAAAUCAGCCACAUCAGAGAGGAUGAUCUUUCCUCCGCUGAGUGUCCUAGCGGUGGACAGUUAUGGAGAGUGGACGACUCUAUGGGAGAGUCAGUUCACUGCUCUGAACAUCCCUCAUCUGCGCUCACACACUCUGGUGCACACAGAUCCUCUCAAUAAGAAAGCACUUCAGGAAUUUGUCUUAAAGCACGAACGCUCAGCAGAACUGCACAGUCUCCCAGAUCAGAUCUACAUUCUGGACGAAAACGCAUUUUUUAACGACAUGCGUCUCGGCAAGAAGGAGAGGAAACGUUUGAACAUCACGUCAACGAUGAAGAAGAGUUUAUCCUUCAGCCUGCCAGGAACCAAACUGAGCGUCGAUUUCUUUAAGGAGCAGGUGGAGAGAUACCAGCUGGAUAAAACGCUGGUGAAGGGAACAGUGGAGCGCAUCAUUCCUGUGACUGACGAUAGGAAAGAGAUGGAAGACGUGAAGUACUUUCAAGUCCAACUCCAAGAAGGCGAUAUCCUAAAUGCCCGACAGGUCGUUAUGGCAACAGGCCCGACCCGUGCCCAAAUGGCAAACAUCCCUUCAUGGGUGCAAAGCAUUGGAGAGAGCUAUCCAGAGGAGCGUUUGCAGCACACAGUUCAUCUCAUGCACCGUCUGCCAAACUGGAAGCAAAAAGUUCCCGAAAAUUGUCAAAGACAGAAAGAAAUUUUCCACACUCAAGUGUGUGAGGCUGGACAGAGGGUGAUGGUCGUUGGUGGAGGUCUGACCAGCGCUCAUGUCGUCUCCAUCGCCCUGCAGCAAGGUGCCAGCCACGUGACAUGGGUCAUGAGGAAGCACCUUCAGCUGAAGCAGUUUGACGUGGGCGAUGUGGAGAGCCUGGUGGGCCGGUACUCCCACGUGGAGCACGGCAUCAAGAUGGACGGCCAGGCCUACCUACGGCAGUUCUACAAUGAACGGAGUUUCCACAAACGGCUGGCUAUGAUUCGCCAGGCGAGGAAAGGAGGCGCCGUCACCCCAGAGGCCUACAUCCACCUGCAGCCGUUCAUCCUGAAUGGACAGGUGGACGUGAAGACAUACUGUCAGGUGAGUGAAGCCAGCUGGUGCUACAGGAAUCAGGCCUGGAGUCUUUCUCUCAGUACUGGGGGCCACUGGACUGGAGAUAUGAUCUGGCUCGCCACCGGCUGUAAGCUCGACGUCAGACAGGACCCGCUGCUUUCUGAGGUGAUGAAAGAAUUCCCGGUUCAAGUGAUAGAUGGAUGGCCGUGCAUAUCAGAAAGUUUACAGUGGACAGAGGGCUGCCCGCUCUAUCUGAUGGGGCAGUACACCGCUCUGCAGGUUGGACCUCAUGCAGUCAACCUGGCUGGUGGUCAGGCUGCCAGCAGGCGGAUCGCCAAAGACAUCAUGUGGCGUCAUCAGCAGGACAAUGAACAGGCUUCUGAAGGGAGCGGAGAGAAAUCAACGACUGAAGAAUAUAUUGAACAGAUGCGAGGCUUGUUGUGGCUUUAA